CUGGGAAGAGCCGAGUCUUAAUCUGUUUUAUAUAACAGAUUUCUUUUAGAUCUAAUAAAUAAUUGAAAGAAGUACAUAGAUCUCAACAUGUCCACACCAGCAGAGUCACCUAAGGACACAGGGCAGUUUGACAACCAAAUGUCAUUGCUCAACUACCAGAUCUCUGUUACAGAGAGCAGUCCUGAAGCACAAAGGAAGUGUGUACCAAAUCAAAUACAGGCUCCCUCUGAGACUGAGUGUUCAGCUGAUGACAAGGAACAAGUGCCUAAUGAGGAAGACAAAUUAAUUAAUAUGAUCCAUUAUGGCCAACGAGGACGUAUGGAAGAUCAGUGCUGUCGCUUAGAUCCAAACAGAAGUGCUCCAUGCUCACCACAUAACACGCGGAGGAAACCCAUUCAAAAUUUAGGAUUGGAGAAUGAGACUUUUUUGAAUGUCUUGGCCAGUUCUCAGAGCAGACGGCUGGACGAUCAAAGAGUGUCACUACCCUCAUUACCUGGAUUAAAAAAAGACACCUCUUCAAAUCCAGACUCAAGCUACCUCUGUUAUAUGGUUUCAAAAGUGCAGGGAUCCAGGAUGGAUGACCAAAAGAUGUUCUCUGCCACAAAUUAUAACUGGUGA